GUAUGGCAUCCGCGUUGGCUUCGUCCCCCUCCUCGAAGCUCCCCUUUUCCUCUGGAAUCAAAGAAUAAUCCUCAAGAAUCAAUUUUCUCCAUUUCUACACAUUUAUUAUUAUAUAUAUGUACACUGAAACUGGUCGGUAAAUUGAAGUCUAUAAUUAUCUCUCUAUUUUACCAUUUUCUUUUAACCCUAAGUUAACCUUAUGGCCACAGUUGUCGAGUUUGAAUGCCCACAACUCGUCAACGACCUUCAAGAUCUAUCCAUUCAACCCCAGUUACAAUAGCUCGGAAUUUGUUAUUUCUAUCUUUUUCCUGCAUGGAUGGCAUUUAGAUGCGAUAUUGGGAUUGAGUACAUGGGAUAUGUUGAUUGAUAUGGGUUUUCAUUUCAGAACAAAAUGAAGAGCACAGCUGAGGAAACGCACCGAGUUGGGUGUGAGAAUAACCAUCAUGGGAUUUGUGCUGUUUGUUUGAAUCAGAUAGUGCUUCAAGAAACUGCCCUAGUAAAAGGUUGCGAGCAUGCCUACUGUGUGACUUGCAUCCUUCGGUGGGCAACCUAUAAAGAGGAACCAACAUGUCCUCAGUGUAAGCAUCCAUUUGAGUUUCUCUACAUCCACCGCUCACUUGAUGGAAGCCUUCAGGACUACAUGUUUGAGGAGAGCGUUUGCCUUCUCCUCAGGGCAUCGUGGUUUAAACCAUUGAUUGUGGAGGAAAGGGUGGAGAUUGAUGAUGACAUGGAUGACUUGUACAUGUAUGAUGACACGGAAGAAGGUUUCGAUGAAGAUUAUAUCAUUGGUAGUUCUUCAAGACUCCGUAUAGGCAAUAGACGAUGGGGAGACAAUGGAUAUGUCAGUGCAGGAAGGCAAGAAGCAAGGCCUGUUAUUCGACCAAACCUCCAGGAAUCGGGUGCUGGUCCUUCCCGCAAGCCCAAGAAGGAGACUGCUGCUCCUAAAGAACUUGUUGGGCGGCGUGCCAAGCGGGCCCUGAAGCGCGAAGCUGCUGAUAAGGCGGCUGCUGAGAAGCACCAGCAGCGUCUGGUGAUGAUGGGUCGGAAAUGAGUUCAGUUCUGCUCCUGGGCGACCUUAAAGAUCAUGACUUCAUGAAUCGCCCCUACCCCUGUACAGUAAUUCACUUAUUUUCUUUGUAAAAUAAUUGACACAGUUGAGAAGAUGAUGGAUUUGCUGGUAAAUGGGAUGGACCAUGUUCAUACCCUGUUGUUAAUUCCAGAUAAUAUAUAAUCAUUGACGAAGGGAAAGGAAGCUCCUUGUUUCCCCAAUAAUGUACAUUGUUAGGUGAAUUUCAUAUUUAUCUUUUAGAUCCUUAAGAUUUAGUAAUCUAUUCCAACUGCCUUCUCUGCUUCAGAUGUUAAGAUAGCUUUGGAUGGAGAGAAGACAUGUAAAUUUGUUUAAUUGCAUAAUAAAGGAGGUAGUAGUCCAACUUCUGUG